AUGUGUUAUAAAGCUGCAAUAUCAGCCUCAGAUUUUAAUUUAUAUUCUGACUAUAUAGAUAUGGAUUUAUUACAAACAGAAAUUAAACUAUGGAAUAGGAAAUGGAUCUCACAUUCUCAGGACGAUCGUCCUAGUACAGCCGUUGAAGCAUUAAACAAUUGUAAUUCUGAUUUGUUUCCGUGUAUAUACUUUUUAUUAAAAGUUUUAGCUGCAUUACCAGUUUCAACUGCAACACCCGAGAGAACGUUCUCAACGCUGAAACGGACGAAAACAUUUUUGCGAAACGCUAUUGGACAAAACCGUUUAAAUGGCCUAGCAUUAUUAAGUGUUCAUAGAAAUAUUAAAGUGGAUCCCGAAGACGUCCUGAAUAAAUUUGCACUUCAAAAAGAUAGAGCUAUAUUUUACUAA